CGUGAUUGUUGUCAGCUUAGCUGGUUUUGGACAAGGUUUGAUCCUUUUCCCGCGCUGGGCACUGACACGACUUGACACGACUACUAACACGCUGCAUACUAUGCGUCUUUUGCAUGGCCAUUAAGAUGUGACGCGCUGGGCAGCAAGUUUUGACCGGGCCCCCGAGCUUUAGUCUUUGCGCACCUUGUUACCGCACCUAUUAGCUUUACUAGGCUCGUUAUACAGCCGUGCGUCAUGGCACUUCACAAUUCAGCGAACGUCAUGUAUCUGGAGUCUUUCGUGGAGAGCACAGGCACGCUACCGACGGAGCUACAGCGUAUUCUAAACACCAUUAAAGCGCUAGAUGAGAAGUGCAACGACCUGUCAGCUGAGGUGCAGGCCAACACCAGCGCGCUGGUCAGCCUGCCCCCAGCCUACCAGCAGCCCGGCCCCGAGUAUGACGAGGUGCUCAACCGGGUGGCCGCCAGCCAGAAGCUGCUGUUGCAGUUCGCGGAUGAAAAGGUGCAGCUGGCGCAGCAGGCGCACGACCUGCUUGAGAUGCACGCACUGGAGCUGGAGCGCGUGACGGACGACCUGGAGAAGGAGUUGCGCAAGAACAACCCGGACGGCGGUCUGGACUACCUGCAGGACUUUACUCUGGACACGGGCCGCGGCAAGACGCCCCGACUGGACGAGUUCAACAUGUCGCUGCAGCAGGAGCUAUCGCUGCCGCCGCCGCCCGCGGCCGCGCCUGCUGCGGCGCCCAAGAAGGCGGCAGCGGCGGCCAACGUGGCCAGCAAGGGCAAGCGGCCGCGAGACGAGGACGGCGGCGGGGGAGGCGGGGCGCCCACCCCAGCCGGGCAGCAGGUUAAGAAGAAGGCGGCAGCGGCAUCCAUGCCGCUCAACUCACAGCCAUCCACAUUCGAGGAGUACCAGAUCGAGGCGCUGCCCGCCUACGAGGAGCCGGGGGCGGCGGCGGAGGCCAACAACCCAGUGCCCUUCAUGCGCCCGCCGCCAGCAGGCUACAAGGCCUCCUCCAGUCGUCCCCAGGCCAGCACGGGCGGCAACGUGCGCUACCUGAUGCUGGAGGACAUUGGGGACGGGCUGGUGGGGCGGCACGCGGAGCUGUUCUGGCCAGAUGACAACCUGUGGUACCUCAUCGAGAUCCAGGAGGUGUAUGCAGCGCAGCGGGAGGCGCGAGUGUUAUACAGCACAGGCGACUUUGAAACACUCAGCCUGGAGGAGACGGCCAGAGACAUGCACAUGGUGCUCAUCCCGGACCAGCUGUACUGAAGACUGCGGCUGGAAAGCGACGGCGGAAAGCACUGUUGGGCGUAAAUGAUUUGUGGGGUGUUGGUGGUCAGGCUGAAUCAUCUCACACGUGUUGUCAGGGCCGGGGGCCAGGCAGGUGUGCCGGCCUACACGGCAGGUGCAUGACAACGAGCGGCACGAGAGUGUAAGGGGACCAGGAGGCAGCAAGCUCGGCUGGGGCAAUAGUGAGGAGCCAGAUGGGGCAAUGUAUGUGUGCCCGUUCGGCCAUGCCCAUGCCAAACCCGUAGCUAAACGCCUCGUUGCCGGGGG